AUGUCAACAUGUGAAGAGGCAGAAAGCUCUGCGGGCAAUUGUCUCUGCGGUGCAAUCCAGUUUGAGAUCCGCGGUAAGCCGGAGACAACUAUCGUCUGCCAUUGUGAUAGCUGUCAAAAGGUCUCUGGUUCUGCGUUUAUGGUGAAUUGUUGGUUCAAAACAAGUAAUCUCAAAAUCAUCAGUGGAGAUGACCAACUACAAGAAUAUGAGAACAGAGAAACCUUUUCAGGAUUGGUCCUCAAACGUUCUUUCUGCAGAGUCUGUGGAUCGAAUAUGUUUCUCCAGAAUCAGCACUUGAAAGAUAUGGGCUUUAUUUCAAUAACCACCGGGACGAUCGAGAAAAAGGAGCACCUUCUUCCUGCUAUUGAGUUUUUCAGUAGAAACAGACGACCUUGGGUAUCCGAGAUACCUACAACAGAGAAAAACGACGCCCAGUGA